UCUCCGUUCCAACAGCUCCGAAUAUAAACGGAACUGGCCGAAAGAGAAUAAAGGACGCAACUACGUUUGGUUCAGUCGGUGAAUCGCUGUUUUGUAAAGUCAAAUAUUACUUGACAUAAAACGAUACCAUUAAAUUGAGGGCUAGUAUGAAGCUCUUGUGUGUGAUCGGGAUGCUUUUGGUGGCGGACGCAUCUCCAAACCUCUUCAGAGUGCCUCUCUACAAGACCCGCACCGUGCGCCGCAUGAUGAGCGACCAGGGCCGGUCUCUUGACCAGCUCCAGAACCUGGCAGAGAGCGACCCCUCACACACGGCCACCGUGCCCCCCCCACAAACCAAGCUGCCCGUUGAGAGAUUGACAAACUUUAUGGAUGCCCAGUACUACGGGGUCAUCAGCCUCGGCACUCCUCCCCAGGACUUCACGGUUCUGUUCGACACCGGGUCCUCCAACCUGUGGGUGCCGUCCAUCCACUGCCACUUCCUGGACCUGGCCUGUUGGGUCCAUCACCGGUACAACUCCAGGAAGUCCAGCAGCUACUCCCCAAACGGCACCCAGUUCUCCAUCCAGUACGGCCGCGGCAGCCUGUCGGGGUUCAUCAGCGGGGACACGGUCUCAGUGGCUGGUCUGGCCGUCCCUCAGCAGCAGUUCGGGGAGGCGGUGAAGCAGCCUGGGAUCACGUUUGCCGUGGCACGCUUCGACGGGGUGCUGGGCCUGGGGUACCCCGCGCUCUCGGUGGGUCGCGUCACCCCGCUGUUCGACACGGCCAUGGCCGCCAGGCUGCUGCCUAGCAACGUCUUCUCCUUCUACAUCAGCAGGGACCCGGCGGCAGCCGUGGGGGGGGAGCUGGUGCUGGGGGGGACGGACCCCACCCACUACAGCGGAGAGCUGCACUACGUCAACGUCACGCGCAAGGCCUACUGGCAGAUCAAGAUGGACACCGUGCAGGUCGGAGGUCAGCUGACCUUGUGUGGAGGCGGUUGCCAGGCGAUCGUGGACACGGGGACGUCACUGAUGGUCGGGCCCCGGGCCGAGGUCCGGGCGCUGCACAAAGCCAUCGGGGCGCUGCCGCUCAUCAUGGGGGAGUACUUGAUUGACUGCAAGAAGAUCCCGACUCUGCCCGUCAUCUCCUUCAGCAUCGGAGGAAAGAGCUUCAACCUGACGGGAGAAGAAUACAUCCUGCAGGAGUCCCAGAUGGGCGCGUCCGUCUGUCUGUCCGGCUUCAUGGCCAUGGACAUCCCCCCCCCCGCGGGCCCGCUCUGGAUCCUGGGGGACGUGUUCAUCGGGAAGUACUACACCGCGUUCGACCGCGACGCCGACCGCGUGGGGUUCGCCCCCGCCAAGUAGCCCCCACCGGUCUCCUGGGAACGGGGGCUGAUCGUACAGCUAGCCCCCCCCACCGGUCUGCUGGGGGCCAGGGGCCGAUCAUACAUCUCCGUCAGCGUGACUCCACCCUGGCUGAGCGCUACGGGUUGAUCCAUAUAUUGAACGGAUGCAUUUCACCAAAUAUCCAAAGGGCUGAGACCCUGAGGCUGCUUUGAUAUUAAUUUAGAUUUUUCUACGGUAGGAUUUGCCCAAAGCUGACAUUUUGGUAUUAAAGAAAUGUAAUGUUUUUUUAAAAUUUCACGCACCAUUUAACUUUUUAUAAAUUGUGUGCAGUUGGUGUACAUUUCCACUAUCGUAAAUACUGCGUGAAUAAAACGUUUAAAUAGUU